CUGCUCCCGGCCGGCAGGCAGGUGCGGGACACUCGGGAGCCGGCGGGAGUGGUGCUGCCUAAUGCGGGAUGGAAACCAAGGCUCCUAAGUGGCAGGGCCAGGCUUUUCCCAGUGGCCGGUCAAUUGUUGGCAAAUGGGAACACGCGCUGUGAUUUCGGCCGCUGGGAAGCACACGCGGUGUGGGAGCGUUCCAAUUGCCUGGAUUCCGAAACAGGUCGCGUUUCCUGCUGAGGAGGACACCUUCCCUCCUAAGGGUGAUACCGCACCAGCGUGCUCUGUACUUUAUUGUUCAGCUAGCAUCGCUUUGCUGUGAAAACAAAGUGCUCUGCAGCCACUGCCGCGACAUACCUGCCUACAGCCUAUGUUACUAAAACGAUGUUUUUAAAAAGAAUUAGAAGCUGAGGAACCCUGGAUGAAACAGCAGAAGAGUGGUGCUUGUACCUGAGGAAUCAUGUUCAACUUCAGAUGCAUCCAGAAUGUACUACAGUACCUGAAAUUCCUUUUUUUUUUACUGAUCGAGAACGCCUUCUGCAUAUUUACUCUACGCAAAAAAAGUUUUGCGGGUGAAAUAGUACUUAUUACUGGCUCUGCAAAUGGGAUUGGAAGGCAGGUUGCCUUAAAACUGGCUCCUUUGGGGGUAACCUUGGUUCUUUGGGACAUCGAUGAUGAAGGUAACAAAGAAACAAGCAGAUUGGCUCAACAAAAUGGAGCCAGCCGGGUGUUUGUCUACCACUGUGACUGCGGCAGUAGGGAGGAUGUCUAUGAACAGGCAGACAAGGUUAGAAAAGAAGUUGGGGAUGUUACUAUUCUAAUCAAUAAUGCUGGCAUAUUUGUUGGGAAAAAGUUCUGUGAGCUUACAGAUGAAGAUUUUGAAAAGACCAUCAGAAUCAACUUCUUUUCUCAAGUCUGGACUUGCAAGGCCUUUCUUCCAGCCAUGGUGGCCUGUAACCGUGGGCACCUGGUUAGCACAGCCAGUGCAGCUGGAUUGCUGGGACUCUACAGGUCAUCAGAUUAUUGUGCAAGUAAGAGUGCAGUCAUUGGAAUGAUGGAAGCCAUAAAUUCAGAACUGUAUCAUGGAGGAAAACAUGGCAUUAAAACCACAAUAAUUUGCCCUUGUUUUAUUAAUACUAGGUUCAUCAAAGGCUUCAAAAGCACAAAACCCUGUUUGUUUCCUGUUUAUGAUCCAGAGUAUGUAGCCAGCAGGAUUGUGGAUGCAAUUAAAAAGGAAAAACUUUAUCUGAUCAUGCCUCCAGCCGUACGCUUACUUGGUUUCAAAAUUUUCGUUCCUAGAAAAGCAGUGCUAUUCCUCGAGUCUUACGUUAAGAUCACUGAGAGCAUGGAAGAAGCCUUCGGUCGGAAGAAAAAGGAUUGAAACCAAAAGUAUUCUGAAGACCUGAAGUGCCAUCCAAUUGAACAUUUUCAGUAAAAAAAAGAAUUCUAAAUCUUAUUUAUUCCUUGACAAAAAAAUUACUUCUUUUAUGCUAUUUUACAUGGGUCAGCAUGCCAUUUAAUUCUUCACAACUGUCUUUUAAGUCUUCAUGUUCGGCAGUGUUUGGAGAAACGCUUGAAAAAUCACUAAAAUUUAAAAUUAAUUAGGUAUUAUGUUGAGUGACCAAGCAACAACUUUGCAUGCACUGUACUGUGUUCAGGCUGAAACUUAAGUGAAGUAACCUGUUAGUGUGGGACAUAAUUCUGUUGUAAAUCAUGGGAAAAUGAAGACAGGA